CUAGCCCCGAAUCGUUGAGUGAUGAGCGAGUGCACCGUUCUGUCGGCGACUUCAUCGUCGGGAAGACGUUGGAAAGAGGUAAGUACGAUGGGGUUUACUGGAAUGCGGAAAGGAGAUGGGAGUUUGGAAAGCUUGUAUAAGAAAGAGGGGUAACGCCCACGGCGUGCGAGAGCUCAACUUUCCCAGGCGCCCCCAGCAUCGGUCCAACGGUCUGCAGAGAGCAACCAUCACAUUCAUUCACGAUGUUUCUCCUUCGAUUCUUCGGUUACGUCGCAGCCGCGACUUCAUUUGCUGCCGCUGUCAACUUGACAGGGUACGAAUACGUCGUGGUUGGUUCAGGCGCUGGUGGUGGCCCUCUUGCUGCUCGCCUCGCUCUUGCGGGACACAAGACGUUGCUCAUUGAAGCUGGCGAUGAUCAAGGUGCCAAUCUCAACUACACUGUCCCGUCGUUCUCGGCGAGGGCAUCAGAAGACGAGAAUAUUGCGUGGAACUUCUUCGUCCGCCACUAUGCCGACGAGACGCGUCAGGCCAUGGACUUCAAGACUACCUAUGAGACGCCGGAUGGAGGAGAGUACACCGGCCUCAACCCACCGGAGGGCUCGACGAUGAAGGGAACGCUCUAUCCUCGCACCGGCACCCUUGGUGGCUGCACCGCACAUAACGCCUUGAUCGCUGUCUAUCCCCAUCAGUCGGACUUUGAAUACAUUGCCCAGCUGACAGGAGACGCCUCGUGGUCGGCGGAUAACAUGCGCAACUACUUCGUCAAGAUGGAAAGGAACCAGUACCUGCUGCCGGGGCUGCCGGGCCACGGUUAUGAUGGUUGGCUUGGCACCGAAACCGCUCCCCUCAGUAUUGUCCUCGAAGACCCGCAGCUGCUCAGUAUGCUCAGUGGGGGUGCAUUUGCUCUUGGAAACGAGACGAACUCCGUCAUCAACCUCGGCACUCUGAUCGCCGGUGAUGCAAAUGCGGACACAUCUGUUCGCGACCGCCAGCCUGCAUACUAUCAGAUCCCUCUCUCAACAAGCGAUGCGAGUCGCAAUGGAGCCCGCGAAUUUGUGGUCUCUGUCCGUGACGCGAAGAACGCAGAUGGAACUAAGAGGUAUCCCCUCGACGUCAGGCUAAACUGCCAAGUUACCAAGAUCAUUUUUGACGAGACCUUGACCCCUCCACGCGCAACCGGUGUUGAGUUCCUCGACGGCCAGUACCUGUACAAAGCCAGCCCCAAGUCCAACAAUGCCGGAUCCGGCACCCCCGGCGCCGCCUCUGCUACACGCGAGGUCAUCAUCGCAGGAGGCGUCUACAACUCUCCCCAGCUGCUCAAACUGAGCGGCGUGGGUCCGAAGGGCGAGCUCGAUAAGUUCGGCAUCCCCGUCGUCGCCGACCUUCCCGGCGUAGGCACCAACCUCCAAGACCACUACGAGAUCUCCGUCCAAGGCAAAAUCCCCUCCAACUUCUCCGCCCUCGAGGGAUGCACAUUCGACGGCAGCGCCUCCGACACCUGUCUCGACCGCUGGGAGACAUCUGUCCUAGGCGACCGCGGCAUCUAUUCGUCAUCCGGCCUCGCUGCCGCCAUGUACUACAAGAGCACAGCUACCCAAAUCGACGAGUACGACGUCUUCGUGUUCGGCGGGCCGGUAAACUUCCGUGGAUACUUCCCCAACUAUGCGUAUAAUGCUACGCAAUAUCACAACUGGUUCACCUGGGCGAUCCUGAAGGCGCACCCGCGCAACCACGCUGGAACCGUUACGCUACGCUCAGCCGAUCCGCUCGAUGUCCCGGACAUUGUGUUCAACUACUUCGACACAGGCGUCGGCGACUACGCGGCCGAUCUGCAAGCCAUGAAGGAAGCCGUGGAUCUCUCGCGCGACGCCUUCGCGCGCCAACUCAUCCCCGUCGAAGAGACCCUUCCCGGCGCGGACGUCACCUCCGACGAAGCGAUCAAGGACUACGUCAAGAACACUGCUUGGGGCCACCACGCGUCUUCCACGUGUCCUAUCGGCGCCGACGACGACCCGAUGGCGGUCCUCGAUUCCAGCUUCCGCGUCCGCGGCACCACGGGUUUGCGCGUUGUGGAUGCCUCAGUGUACCCGCGCAUUCCUGGAACGUUCACCGCGGUGUCGACGUACAUGGCUGCGGAGAAGGCGGCGGAUGUUAUUCUGAGCCAUAUUGACGAGCUGCCGUUGUAUAAUGGGACUGCGGCCGCAAGGAAUGGAACCGCGACGCGGUUGUAGUGGCACUGGGGAUGGUUCGGGUUCAAUGUACAUAUAUGUGUUUAGCAUUUCAUUUAAUAUACGAUUCUCGUACAGUAACCUCACUAAAGUAUCGAGGGAUGC